CAGACAGCCACAUUCGGUUACAGACGGAGCACAAAAGCAGCCCUUAGGCUGCCCUGAAGCCGCGCUCCCCUUGACGCCACCCCUUCUCGAGCGGCAGCUGGACGCAGAAGCGGCGAGAGCCCCCCGGGAGCGGCUUUCAAGGUGACUUCUCUUUCGGUCUGGUUCUCAUCUGGGGGGGCCCUGGCAGUACAGCCCCCCCAAACUUCACUUCUCUGAAACACGGCUCUAGCCAACCUACUUCGUUGCUUCACUUGCGACCGCCUGUGUGGGGGCUGCACAGCACCUGCUCCUCCACCUCGACAGGGCAUCGUUCUUCAGCCUGUCAUGCCCAGCUGUGAACCAGUACCACCUGCUGCCUAUCUUCCUACCAAAACCUUCCGCAGUUAUCUGCCUCGGUGCCAUCGAACAUACAGCUGUGUCCACUGCCGGGCACACUUGGCCAAGCAUGAUGAGCUCAUCUCCAAGUCCUUCCAGGGGAGUCAUGGUCGCGCCUAUCUUUUCAAUUCUGUGGUCAAUGUGGGAUGCGGUCCAGCUGAACAACGCCUCUUGCUCACUGGUCUCCAUUCAGUUGCCGAUAUUUUCUGUGAAAGCUGCAAGACUACACUGGGUUGGAAAUACGAACAAGCCUUCGAGACCAGCCAGAAAUACAAAGAAGGGAAAUACAUUAUUGAGAUGUCACACAUGGUGAAGGACAACGGCUGGGACUGAUGGGGACUCUGGGUGACCCCUUCCCCUGCAGCAUGCCUUGCCCUGUCCUAAUCCCACUGCCAUCGCUGGCACCCUGGCACAACUAACCCUGCCCCCAUUUCCGUGCCCCUAGGCUCCUGCACAGCAUCACCCAUGGAAGUGGAGAUACCAGGACCCUUCUCCCAAACCUCUUAUACUUUCUGAAGUGCUAGAUUCACAGUUUGGAGGAUCUCCCCAAAGUAAAAAGGGAACCUCACAGAGUUCAGGGGCCCAAUUUCAGGAUUUUGGAUUGGAUUCUACUUGAUCUACUUGGGGGUAUGCUGCUCUCAUUACUAGCACCUGUUGGGUUGCACAGAUGGUGAAAUGCCUAGUGUAAUCCUGGAAGCACAUUUGAACUUUAUGUUCCAUUUUAUAUGGAAAACACAGUGCAUUCUGGAAUGGGGCAGAAAGAGCUGUAAGCAUAAGGCAAAUUCUUGGGGAGGAGCCAUAGCUCAGUGGAAGAGGUUAUGCUUUGCAUGCAAAAGGUCCCUAGUUCAACCUUUGGUACUUCUUGUUUCAAACAGGACUAGGACAGACCUCUGCCCAAAGUUUUGCAGAGCUGCCAGGCAGAGAUAACAGUACAGGGCUAAACUGACCAAUGGUCUGGCUCAGCAUAAGGCAGCUUUGUAUGUUCAUGCACUCGCCUCCUUUCUGGGGCAGAGCUGCAUUGUAGUGGGAAACGUAUGUCAGUCUAGUGGUGUUGGGCCGAAAAGGGUGGAAGGAGAGUAAAUCCCAACAGGGGACAAACUUUGUCCUCCAGGUAGGGGAUCCAUGAGCAGUUCCUUCCAGCAUGGGGCCAUGGUAGUUUAUGUUCCCCUUUACCAUUCCUUUCCCCAGACACUGCCGUGGUAUUUCCCCCCCAUGUCUACGCAAUGGAGUUUGUCGGGUUUUGAUUUUUUUGGGUUGCCGUGUGCUUGUGAUCCCCAGACACACUCAUCCCCUGCAUCCGCCCCCCAUCCUACAUGGAGAUGGGUGGGGGUUGGGUGUGGGCAAAGCCUCAGCACUGUCACCAGCGCAGGAAUUUUUUUGUAUAAUAAAGAUGUUUUAUAUUUAAAAAGAAAAAGGAACCAUACUAAGCAGCCUCUAUCAUCCAUGCCUCUUCACAAGAAAUGGGGAUAUUUGGGUGUAUUUCAACAGCAGGGACUUGUUUCAAAUAAGUACACGAUUCCAAGGUAGCAGCAGAUUUCCUUAACUUAGUACCAUCUACAGAAUUCAUAAGCAAACAGCAGUACCAUCUGCAUGAGCAUCUGGAAACCAAAUAUAUAAUAAAAUUCUAGCUAACAAGUUAUUCCCUAUUUGAAAUUUAGAGAACAGAACUGUGUGCGCAAAUCUCUAUAGUUCAGUAACAGUGUAAUCUGAACCAGUUGCAUCCUUCUAAGCCUAUUGACUUGACUGGGCUUAGAGGGGUGUAACUCUGUUGAGGAUUGAAUUGUAAAGUGCUCACGCAUCUGACCAUAUGCCAGCAAUUUAUCAGAUUUUUUUUGGUCUUUGCUUCUAGGAGCUAAACAGCUUCUUUGCCAAUAAACUUUACUAUUCAUUAGCAAGAAAUCAAGUCUUCUGAAACAUAUGCCCAAUAAAAAAAAACCCCAACAAUGUAAAUGUGGCAUAUGAACUAUCUAAAUCCGUAAGUUGGUGUUGAACAGAUCCAUUUGUAAUAUGGUGUGGAUGGACACUUUUCACUUGUUACAGAGUACUGGGAAGGCAUUUUAAUAGUUCACUAAUAUGCAUUCCUUUUCCUUCACAUACUAGGGACUCAUGACUUCCUCCUCUCCCUUGACUUCUGCCAAUAAACGGUGAUAUGGAGGCUUCAUGCU